AUGGCGUUGACCGAAGCUUUUCUGGGAACGAGGGCGCAAAAGGCAUUCAUCGCUACGAAGGCUAUCGUGGUUAUUGUGAUGGUCGCAAUCACUUUUCGGCUGGUGGAAGAUAACGCAAACCUCACGGACGCGAAAGCAAAAACAAUCCCAUGUUACCUGGCUAUCUUUGCUUUCGCGGAGCUGUACGAACUACUGAUGGCAUGGGAUGCGCUCAAGGCGAGGAACACGAUCCAGCUGGGAGGGAUCCUCAUAUUCCAUGCUGCCAUGAUAGUCUUUGGCGCUCUACAAGCAUUCGAAGCUGCGCACUCUUUGGGCAACAUUAAUCAAACCGUUAAUGUAUGGCACAAAAUAAGAGCAUUCACAAUUGUUGUACCUAUCAUCAUCGCUGUGUCGUUGCUUGUGAUGAUAUGGUUUGCCCGCGCUUUGUAUUUCGAGUUCGGAUGGGCUAUCUUCCAUAUCGUCGGCGCUAACCCUGCCAUGAAGACCAUGUACCAAUACUACCAAGUCAUGGUCUGCCUCCUCAAAUUCGACUUCUUCUGCUUCAUCGGCGUCACCAUGCAAAUGACGAUCGUCGUGCUAUCAAACAACACAGCGGAGUUCGGUUUGACGAUCGCGGCUAUCCCCGUCGUGCUCAUAUUGUUAUCGUUGUGCGGUAUGGCGGUGCGACGGGAGAUUAAAUGGAUGAUGUCGGUUUCGCUAGUUCUUAUGUUGGCUGCGGAGACCUACUUCCUGUACAAACUUGUACGGUUCUACGAGCCGAGCUCUAAGGCACAGUACGAGUCGACACGUAUCGUAUUGACAUUCUUCACUGUUGUUGCCUUCCUGCUGUUGUUCAUCACCUUCGGCAUCGGUCUCCGGUGUUUCGCCGACUUCGACAAGGGCCUUCUUUACUCAAAGAUGCACACCGUCGAUACUCGUCCGUCGUUCAAGCAAUCCGCAUCUGGCCCGAUUUCUCAGCGACAGUCGUCGUACGUGGGUGGAGCGCCUUUACAGCCCAGAAUGUCAAUAGAGUAG